AAUAUAGAAUUGCAAUGGUAGUUGGGGGUUGGGUGAACCAUGAAGAUUAGUGAAGAAGGCCCUCCUCCACAGCCACACUGAAGUGAGCUCAAAUUCUUAUAAUAUAUGGAUAUUGCUGUCCUUGCCCAGAGGCAGCGGCGGCUAUGUCACUUAACGAUCUGGAAACUUCUGUUGAUCAUUGGAAUCGUAGUAAUUGCUGGUUUGGUCGUUUCUCAGUGUUUUGCUUUUGCACUUCUCUAUGGCAGAACAUUUUCUUUAUAUCCCUCUAAUAAGGUUUCAAUAGUUAUGGGGGUUCGCAAUGCCACAGUUUUAAGCAGUUCACAAUCAAAUAAAUCUUUUGUUCUUGAUGAUACUUCUGGUAAAGAAACUGGGUAUGAGAAAGAAACAAAAGAACCAGAUAAACGCAAUGAUCCAGCUGCAGUUAACAAGGUCAAGGAUUUCAAACUUGAGAAAGAUGACCCUAAAGCAAGCACAAAGUUAACAUUGAGCAAUGUUCAAAAUCAAGCUGGUAUCUUGUCAAUUGUAUCACAAAGAAUUUCUACAAAGGGCAUGGGAAGCUCUGAUGCAGAUUCAAGGACUUUAGACUCAUUAAUUGCUGACAAGAAUUCUGUAUCUUCAGUGCGCAACGUUAAACAAACUGAGGGAUGCCAACCCAAGGAUAGAAAGAUGAAGCCACUGCAACUUGUUUCCAUCACCUUCAACAAUAAUUCUACAAUGACAAGUAUUUCUAGUUCGGUAUUGAAGAGGUGGGAGAAGCCGCCAAUAUCCAUAUCUCAGAUGAACUCAAUAUUGCUUAACGGUCAUGUGUCUUCUCAUUAUGCGAGACCAAGGUGGUUUUCUGUACAUGAUCGUGAACUCCUAUCCGCAAAAUUACAGAUUGAGAAUGCUCCUGUGAUAAGGAAUACACCAGGGCUUUAUGCUUCUCUUUUUCGAAAUGUUUCUAUGUUUAAAAGGAGUUAUGACUUGAUGGAACAUACACUCAGAAUUUAUAUCUAUAGGGAAGGAGAAAAGCCCAUAUUUCAUCAGCCACGGAUGAGGGGAAUUUAUGCCUCAGAAGGAUGGUUUAUGAAACUGAUAGAGGGAAAUAAAAAAUUUGUUGUGAAGGACCCCAGAAAAGCUCACUUGUUUUACUUAUCCUUUAGUUCACAAAUGCUGAGGACUGAACUUUCUGGAAAAAAUAUACACGGUCAGAAGGAUCUAGAGAAACAUCUGAAGAACUAUAUAGACUUGAUUGCAGGAAAAUAUCAUUUCUGGAACAGAACUGGUGGGGUAGAUCAUUUUCUUGUUGCUUGUCAUGACUGGGCCUCCCAAGUCACAAGGCAGCAUAUGAGUAAUUGCAUCAGAUCUCUUUGCAAUGCCAACGUUGUGAAAGGCUUUAAAAUAGGGAAGGACAGUACUCUGCCAGUUACAUAUAUACGUUCUGUGGAGGACCCAGUAAAAGAUCUUGGAGGUAGACCUCCUUCACAAAGAUAUAUUCUUGCCUUCUUUGCAGGAGGCAUGCAUGGUUAUGUUCGACCAAUCCUGCUGCAGUACUGGGAAAAUAAAGAACCUGAUAUGAAAGUUUUUGGUCCAAUGCCACGUGAUAUCGAAGGCAAGAAAAUCUACAGGGAGUACAUGAAGAGCAGCAAGUACUGCAUCUGUGCCAGGGGUUAUGAGGUUCAUACACCUCGAGUAGUUGAAUCCAUUUUUUAUGAAUGUGUCCCAGUCAUAAUUUCUGAUAAUUAUGUGCCUCCUUUCUUUGAGGUGUUAAACUGGGAGGCAUUUUCAGUGUUUAUUCAAGAGAAAGAUAUCCCAAAUUUGAGAAACAUUCUGUUGUCAAUCCCACAAGAGAAUUACCUUGCAAUGCAGUUGAGAGUAAAAAAGGUGCAAAAGCAUUUCCUUUGGCACAAAAAGCCUGUGCAGUAUGACUUAUUUCAUAUGGUGCUUCACUCAGUAUGGUACAAUAGAGUUUUUCAGAUAAAACCCCAGGGGAUAGUGUGACAAGAGUUCUUGAUAUUGGAAAAGAAAGAAGAUAAGCCCAAUUAUAGAUUAACUGGUAAGACCAGGGCAAAACAAGACAAAAUGCAGAAACAUGGGAUGUAACUCAAGUAUGCCAAUACAACCACUUCUAUGCCAUUGUGAUCCAAAUGAAACUGACAGUUGAAAUGUACAGAGCUUAUGGCAUGAGCACCAUCUUUGUGUAAUCUGCCUCUUAGUUGUCACUCUUUGAUCAAUUUUGUUAAAAGCUUGUUGCUAUACUCCUGUUAAUUGGAUAUAAAAUUCUUAGCUCCAAUGUGAUUCUA